AUGGAUCGGUCUGACCCGAACCGCUUCCGUAACCGUAAACCGGCCUCCUCAACGGAACGCUUCCUUGGCGUCCCAUCCAACGCGCCGCCUCUUGAAAACCCUAGCUCCUCCUCCGCCACCGACGAGCUCACCGAGGACGACGUCGUUUUCUUUGGCGACGACAACGCCGACAACAAUCACCUCCCUUCCACUGCCUCCUCUUCCAACUCAUCCACCCCUAACCACCACCACCUCCACCAUAACAACAACCACAAGGGCUUCGGAUUCGGCUCCUCUGACACCUUCGGCAUCCUUGCCGCUCUGCCGGAAAACGACGCCUCACCUACUGCUCCAAACGGCACGCACUUCUUCCACAAGGCCUCCUCGGUUUCGCUGUCCUCGUCUUCUUCUUCUUCUUCGUCGCGUAUGAUUCCCGCCAUACCGAAGCCUCCGUCAGCGCACCACGACCGGAUGCCGCAGUCUUCGGUCAUGUACCACCAGUCGGCGCCGGUGAACGUUCCUAUUUUGUCUCAGGCGAUGAUGAGGAGGCACCGCCAGUUUGAUGACGACGAUGACGACGAUGUGGACGAUGUGACGGCGGAGGACGACGAUGUGAUGCUUCCGCCGCACGAGAUUGUGGCGAGGAACUCGGCGCAGUCGCCGAUGCUGGCGUGCUCGGUCCUGGAAGGGGUGGGGCGGACCCUGAAAGGGAGAGACUUACGGCAGGUUCGGAAUGCGGUUUGGCGGCAAACAGGUUUCCUUGAUUGA